GAUCGCCGGUGCGCUCUCUCUGCGAGGGAUCGCAUGCGUGCGCAGCACUGAGCCAUGGAGCAUCUGCACGGAGAUGAUGCUCACCACGAAGCAGGCCACGCUGCUGCUACGAUCCCUCACUUCCCCUACUUCCCGGUGCCGCUGACACCGCCGCCACUCGCCGAGCCGGCGGCUUCGACGACGUCAGGCGACCGGCACGGCGCCCCACUAGAGGCGCUCCAGCCCCCGCCGCCGUGUAGCCAUCCCGGCGGCCUGGACGGCGGCACCCCUGAUGAUCACCAACUAAUGACGACGACUGCGCUGCCGAUGAUGCUGCCGGCGAUGACGGCGUUGGACUGGCAGUCCCUCCUGCAGACGUGCCUGCAGGUAGUGCCUCCGGAGGCGGCGCCGGAGCUGCAGCAGGCGGGGGCGGCGGCGCAGGCGGAUCAGUGCAGCGGUGAGAACGAUCACGGCGAUCAGCAGCUGGCGGCCGAGAGCGGCGGAGGUGCCUGCAGCAACAAGGAGAAGCAGCUGGCGAAGGGCGGCGCGGGGAGGUCGGGGAAGAAGAAGGCGAGCCGGCCGCGGUUCGCGUUCCAGACGAGGAGCGACAACGACAUCCUGGACGACGGCUACCGGUGGAGGAAGUACGGGCAGAAGGCCGUCAAGAACAGCAAGCACCCCAGGAGCUACUACCGGUGCACCCACCACACGUGCAACGUGAAGAAGCAAGUGCAGCGGCUCGCCAAGGACACGAGCAUCGUGGUGACCACGUACGAGGGCGUGCACAACCACCCCUGCGAGAAGCUCAUGGAGGCGCUCACCCCAAUCCUCAAGCAGCUCCAGUUCCUCUCGCAGUUCUAACGAUCGAUCCGUCCCCAGCUCUCAAGCAAGCAAGCGAGCGAGCGAUCGAUCUUGCAAGCUAUACACAAAUCUAAUAACAGACACAUGCAUGUGUAUAUUAUCAUUAUUAUUAUUGUAGCAAAUUAAACUCAACCCAAACUCCCAACGGGGAAGAAAAGGAGAACAAUGUGCCUACCUCCCCUGUCACUGCAGUAUUUAUGUAUACAACUGAUGCUGGUUUGGU